UACAGUGCUUCAAUGAUGUUUGCUCAGCACUGGGCAGGGCAGAAAGGACUUAUAAAGAAGGCCUUUUGUCUCCCAGAACCCUGCCUUAUGGUACUAACUCCCAGGGGUCUUCUGGCUCAGUUUUCUUAUGUUAUCAAUAAUAAUAAAUGAUGAUGAUGAUGAUAGCCACUACAUUUAUUGAGCACUUAUAGUACCAGGUGCUAGGCUAAGCUGGUUCAUAUGAAUUUUCUCUUUUAAUGCUCAAGGCAACCCAUUGAGAUUGGUAUUCUAAAUCUUCCUUUAUAGAUAAGGAAACAGAGAGAUUAAGCAAUUUGCCCAAGGGCACACAGGUAGAUCUGGGAUUUGGACAAAGGUCUGGUUGCCUCCAGACCUGAGGCUUUGCCUCAAGAUGGGCCUUUCCUAUCUUUGAUGUAUAGAGUAUAUAUUUGGGCCCAGCUUGUUUUGCUUCCUACUGUAGAAAUAAAUGUCCCUAGCUUAGCUUCUGAAUAAGCCUUUUAGUAUGUGGGCAUCAGUGUGACCUCAUCAGCAGCAAUAAUGGUUAUUAAGCACUUGCUGUGAAUUAACAACCCUUUACAGUCAUAUCGUUAGCUCUCUUUUGUCAGAGAGCAAACUGAGGUUCAAAUAGGUAGAAUAACGUGUCCCAGGUCACACAGCUGGGAAAGUGGCAGAGCUAAGAUUCUAGUCUAGGCCUGUCUACGUGCAAGGCACCUUCUCUCUCAAAAAUAUUAAUUGUUGCAAUAGUAUCCUUCCCAAGACUGACCAUUUGAGGACCAUCUUCCAUGUAUAUCUAGCUGCAGGUUAUCACUGAGUCAAAAGCAAUCCUCACCAUAAACAAGGCUCCCCAUCUACUUAGUCAGUGUUUAAUUCAGAAUAAACACUUUAAGAAAGGAAGGAAAAAGAAGAAAGUGUCCAGAUAGUGAGAAACAUGAAAGUCAGUAGAAUUAAAUCAUACCUGCUCUGGGGACAAAGCUGCAAGUGGGAAUGACAGGGGACCAAUCUAGACAAAAAGUGGGAUUUCUCCAGGGAAAAGCAAGUAAUUUGAGGAGGAAACCAAAGAAAGGAGAAAGAUUAGAUGGAAAUGAGGGGAAAUUGAGGUCCAAGGUUGAUAGUGUCCAUGGGGAUGAGGUGAGUGAAACCAGAAGGGGAAGCUGGGAUGGACAGAAAUGGGGACAAGGGGAAAUGGGAACAGAGUGAGGCAGGGAUGGGCAUCUUGUGGACUGAACUGAGGCUGGUGUCUACCCAGGGCCACUCCCUAGAUCCUUAGGCCUUCACAGGGAUCUUUGCCCUACCACACCCCAGCCCCGACAGCCUUUCUCGCCAAGAAGUUUGUGCCUCUGCUCUGAGCUACCAGGCUCCUCAAGAGUCCUAGGACCCAGCUGGGUUCCAAGCCUUUGGAGUAGCUGCUUCAGACUAGGUACGUGUGAGGCCCUGGGCUUCAACUCCCUGGAUAUUGGGAGUGGGCAGAGUGGUAGCUGAAAGAGAUGUUGAAUGCCCUGUUUCCUGAUAGGACCCAUAAUCCAUUUUUCCCAACCUAGGAAGCACCCAGCUCUUGUGGUCAAGGGCCCCAUGGAGGAGAGAGCUGGUCAGCAAGAGGAGGAGAGAUGCAGCCUCCGUCUGAGAAAGCUACAGCAGUGGGCAAGGCACAGGCAGAGUGGGCACCUCUUGGUGCUGGCGGUGAGUCAGCUAUGGCUGGCAGUGACUGUGGUGCCCUUUGCUGUCUCCGUUGCCUGCCUGAACUCUGAUUGUCACAUGGCCACAGUGCUGCCUCUUGGCCCUGGGGUCUCAGGUCUCCUCACUGGGAUUGUCACCCUUGAGCUUCGCAGAGCACCCCGUCUCUGGAAGGUGCGGGCCAUGAUGAUAUUCAACACCUUCAACUUGAUCUUGGGUUUCAUCGUGGUGGUGGUCGAGGUGAUGAAGACAGCCUUGGGGUCUGCCCCAACCGCACCCUCCCAGCUGGUUGGCUUGCUGGUGCUGGAGCUCAGCGCUGAGGCCUUCACCCUAGCAGGAGUGCUGAUCUCAGUGUAUGCCCUAUUCCUGCUGAGCCAGAGGAAGCCAGGAUGCUGCAGGAGCCAGAGUCUGCAGUACCAGGAGCUGCAGGAGGGCCUUUCUGAGUUGGAGGAGGUUCCUGGUUUGGAGAGUGGUCCCACGGUGGCCAGCACAGGAAACUGAACAACCAGUCCCUGUAGCUCUAGCGGGGACUACAAGUCCCAGGACACCCCGCAACCCCGUGACCUGCUGGGAAAUAAAGAGCCUUCCCUCCGCGGUGGGGGCGCUGUGUAUCUGCUGAGUGACGCGAGGCGCUGGAAGUCAGGGCCUAGCCGAGUUUCCUCGGACGCGACCACUGGCCCCGCGUUCGGGGAGGAGCUGGGCAGGCGGUCCUGCGCGGGGGCGCCGUCACCCCAGCCACGGCAACUGAGACCUGACUCUGGAUCCACAUCCCUGUCGCCGGCAGCUUCAGAGACUGGCGAGAGCUAG